GUGGGAGGGGAGAGAGAAGGAGAACUGAGCUGAAAGAUUUGCUUCAGGGUAACUCUCCCAGUGUUGAUUCAGCUCCUACCCAGAGCUUUACCACAGCACAGGUUAAAAACUGAAAGGAAAGAGUCAGACUACAUGAUCUGGGACCAUGAUUUGGAAGCUGAUGCCUUUCAGUGCUCUCUUUCUUGGAUUUGUGUCAUCCACAUCCUCAGCCGCUACAUCUUCGCCUCCCACCACCAGCUCUCAUGAAGGGCCCUGCCGGAUCUACAACUUUGGCCUAUCUGCAGACUGCAGUGGAAGGCAGCUUACAUUUGUCCCAUGGAGAACAUUUCCUAUUACACUUAAAAGCAUAGAUCUCUCUUAUAAUAGGCUUCAGGCUAUCAGUGCUGCUGACUUCCAGAACCUUCCUCAGCUCCGGAGAUUAUUGCUGCAGUACAACAACAUUUCACACAUUGACGAUGAUGCCUUUAAAAAUAACCUAUUACUUGAAACCCUUAACAUUUUUAACAACUCACUACACGAAAUUCCUGCAUCACCUCUGACAUCCCUUCUGAAUCUGACAGAACUAUACAUGUCAAAUAACCUUUAUAGAAAUGCAACUUUAGCAAACAGCUUCUCUAGAUUAGUCAGACUCAAAGUUCUGUCUAUGGGUGGCCCUUUGGUGAUGGGACUAAGGAAAAAUGAUUUUCAUCCUAUAAAGAACAUCCAGUUAGAAGGUUUUGCUAUCAAGUGCUCCUCAAAUUUAAGUUACUAUGAGAAGGGAAGUUUAGAAGUUAUCCAGACAAAGAAUAUGGGCUUUGAUAUGGCUAUAGAUCAACGGCCAAAGGCUCUUGAAGAUAUGCUUCAUGAUCUCGGCAACAAGACAUUCAGAGUCAUUCAAUUUCGCAACCUCUUUGAAUUCACAUACUACAACCUCAAGGAUGAUAUUUUCCAGAAUUUAAAGGAGAUUAGAGCAGAUCAGCUCAUUUUUCACAGAGGGAAGUUCAAUGAAAAUCUACUGAGGAUGGCUUUGCUGAACUUACAAGUAACCCUAAUUAAAAGGCUUCGACUGCAAUACAUCGACUUUGCCCGUUCACCGACAUUUGUCGACAGUGGAGCAGGUUCCAGCAUCACCAACCUGAAACUAGAUAACUUGGACCUUUGGUAUAUCAGCAACCCUGAUGUGCUCCGCUUUGACUGGCGCUUCACCUGGUUAAAGAAAAUAAAGAAGCUCUCCAUUCAGCACGUGUAUUUCAACAGUGUGCCUUGUGACUCCUGGACUGAAAUGGAUGGUGUGGAGUUACUGGAUGUUUCUAACAAUCGGCUAAAUAAUGACUUUCUCUACAAUAAGCAGUGUAAUUACAGGAACACCAUGCCAAAUCUACAUAUCUUCAACCUCAGCACAAAUGACCUGACCAGUUUAGGAUACAUAUCUUCUUUAACAAAGGAGUUCAGGAAGCUGGAGGUACUGGAUCUUAGCAACAACAAACUGGGAUCUACAGAACAAACUGUAAACUGUGUUUGGACACAAAAUAUAACUCGUUUUAUUGCUCACCACAAUCAACUUACAAGUAAAGCAUUCCCCUGUCUACCGAUCACAGUGAACUACUUGGAUCUGUCCAACUGCAACCUGGACCAGCUGGACAACACCUAUUUUAAGAGAGCUACAAAUCUGAAAACCCUCUGGCUAAGCGGGAAUAAAAUUAAGUUCAUCCCAUCAAAGUGGGAAAGUCCAUCGCUUCAGUUUUUAGCUAUGGACGGAAACUCAUUUGGUCUGAUAAGCAAAGCGUCCUUCCAGCAUAUGCCUCAGCUAUCUGAGCUUAAGGCAGGAAACAAUCCUUACCAUUGCACUUGUGAGCUUCACACCUUUGUCCAGGACACCAUCGCAAAAGGAAAGAUUAAUCUCACAGACUGGCCCUGGAACUACAUAUGCUACCACCCUGAGCCCUUCCUUAACACCUCCAUAUCCAAAUACUUUCCUGGUGAAGUAGCAUGUGACAUCAGACUUGUUAUAAUCAUCUGUGUUGCAACCACCGCCACUGUAGUCUUGAUAUUUGUUCUAAUUUGCUACAUUUUUAACCUCCCGUGGUACACUAAAGCCACAUAUCAGAUUAUCCGGGCAAAAUACAGAGCUUACAAGGAAAAUCAAGCAGGGGAAAUCGUAAAUUUCAACUAUCAUGCUUUCAUAUCCUACAGCCACUCAGAUGCUGACUGGGUAAGGGAUCAGCUUUUGCCCGUCUUAGAGAACAACAAGAACCCCUAUCGUCUGUGCAUUCAUGAGCGGGACUUUAUGCCAGGAAGAUGGAUCAUUGACAACAUUAUUGAGAACAUUGAAAGCAGUCGUAAGGUAAUAUUUGUCCUGUCCCGGCACUUUGUAAACAGUGAAUGGUGUAACUAUGAGCUGUACUUUGCUCAGCAGCGAGCAAUGGGAAAGACCUUCAGUGAUGUCAUCCUGGUGGUGAAGGAGCCUAUUGAUCCAAACUCGUUACCCAACAAGUACUGCAAGCUCAAAAAGAUGCUGAGCACCAAAACCUAUCUGGAGUGGCCCCAACAGGUUAACCAGCAGCCCUUUUUCUGGGCACAGCUGAGGAGUGUUCUGGGUAAACCCACUAUGACCCGUGAGGGAACUAACAGUAUAAGGAGCAGAACGUCUUCUGGAAGAAUUGCUGUGAUCGGGCCCCUCGCUGAAGAAAGGAUGCCGGACGCAGCCAUACCUGAUGAAGGCAACAUAGAAGAAAUUCAAAAUGUCUGCAUUCACAGAAAUGAUAUUGAACUUGAAGAUCGAAUACAUAUAGAAGCAAACUGAUCAAAGCAAAAGACAGCCAUCUAUAUUUCAAUGUCUUUUUCAAGAAGACUUAUUGGUCUUUUUAAUGCCAAUUAGUCAGCCAGAACUCCUAUAUUUUGACUUUUGUCAGACGACACAUUAAAGAAAAGGAUGUUGAUUUUCCUCUGCUUUACCUUUAACUGUCUCAGACCUUUCUUCUCUGCUAACAAACCCUGAAAAGGUCAAUUUUAACUACAUCUUCCAUAUUCUUCCUGGAUAAUACAGAAAGUCCAAGCUCUCAGUACUUCUUUGGUCAAUAGAACACCAUAAUUCUUGUAAACUGGAUUGUGUUAUUAUUGUUGUUAUUAUUGUUAUUAUCAGCUCUUUAACUUUUAGCUUUAACAUCAUAUGUCAUAAACACUUUUUGGGAAAAUUACAGUUACACUGAUCCAGUAUAUCAUGACCAAUGAGCAGAAAUGUGAAUAACUGGUGUUCUGUUUGCCAUGACAAAGAGAACACCAGUGGGUGGAAAUUAUGGUAAAUGGUAAUGCCUUUAUUCAAGACAGGAGGCUUGACCAAAGCGCUUUACACUACAUUCAUUCACCCAUUCACUCACACACUGAUGGUGGCAAGCUACAUUGUAGCCACAGCUGCCCUGGGGCUCACUGACAGAAGCGGGGC